UCCCACCAACACUUUGGGGAGCUGGGUGAUCGGGGGUCAGGAAGCAAAACCCCAUUCGUGGCCCUUUAUGGCUUCUAUCCAACUGAACGGGGUGCACUUCUGUGGCGGGUUCUUGGUGCAGAAACGAUGGGUCAUGACAGCCGCCCACUGCAUAAUUCCUCGACGAUUUCCCAACAUCCACGUUGUGCUGGGUGCCCACUCCCUGAAGACGCCUGAGGCUUCACAGCAAAUCUUCAGCAUCCAGGAAUCCGUGGCACACCUGCAUUAUGACCCCGUGAGAGUUAAGAACGACAUCCGUUUACUCAAAUUGAAUCAGUCAGUAAAUUUCAGCCCGGAGGUCAAGAGAAUCCGGCUCCCCCAUGAAAACAGCCACCUCCUCCCCGGUGUCACCUGCAAAGUUGGUGGCUGGGGGGACACCUCGAAUUAUGGGACCAUUCCCACAAAGCUGAUGGAAGCCACGGUGACUGUAGUGGACAGGAAUGCAUGUAAUGCAUCAUGGACCGGCCAUGUCUAUGAUGGGAUGAUCUGUACCUCCCACCCCAGUCCAGGUCUGCGUGGCUUCUGUUCGGGAGACUCUGGAGGACCUCUGGUUUGUGGGACUAGAGUACAUGGCAUCGUCUCCUUCAACGGGAAGAGAUGUGGAUCUGGGAAGUACCCCGAUGUCUACACUCAGAUCUCCAAAUACAUCCCCUGGGUCAGGCACAUCUUGGAGACAUUUUAAUCAGAGGUCUCGGAAAGAGCUAUAUUGGAGUCCCACAGUUC